GUGAGGAGCUCGUCCCGGCUCCGUUAUCCCAUCCCGUGUAGGUAGGAAACAAGGGUUGCCCCAGCAGUAGCCGCCAUGUUCAGCUGGUCGAAUAAGGAUACUCGGAGGAAGAAAGAACCGGAGCUUUUCCAGACGGUGUCCGAGGGUCUCCGGAAGCUUUACACACACAAGUUGCUGCCUCUGGAGGAGACUUACCGCUUUCAUGACUUCCACUCCCCUGCCCUGGAAGAUGCCGACUUCCAUAACAACCCCAUGGUGCUGCUGGUGGGGCAGUACAGUACGGGCAAGACCACCUUCAUCCGCCACCUCAUAGAGCAGGACUUCCCCGGCAUGAGGAUCGGGCCCGAACCCACCACCGACUCAUUCAUCGCCGUCAUGCACGGGCCCGUGGAGGGGGUCAUGCCCGGGAACGCGCUUGUGGUUGACCCCAAGAAACCCUUCAGGAAGCUGAGCGCCUUCGGCAAUGCCUUCCUUAAUAGGUUCAUGUGCGCUCAGUUACCCAACCCUGUCCUGGAGAGCAUCAGCAUCAUAGAUACACCAGGAAUCCUGUCUGGAGAGAAGCAGAGGAUCAGCAGAGGGUAUGACUUUGCUGCAGUCCUAGAAUGGUUUGCUGAACGAGUGGAUCGCAUUAUCCUUCUCUUUGAUGCUCACAAGCUGGACAUCUCUGAUGAAUUUUCUGAAGUCAUCAAAGCCUUGAAAAACCACGAGGACAAGAUCCGCGUAGUGCUUAACAAGGCAGACCAGAUUGAGACUCAGCAGUUAAUGAGAGUUUAUGGGGCCCUCAUGUGGUCCUUGGGUAAAAUCAUUAACACUCCUGAAGUAGUUAGGGUCUACAUUGGCUCUUUCUGGUCCCACCCUCUGCUCAUCCCUGACAACCGCAAACUGUUUGAGGCAGAAGAACAGGACCUGUUCAAGGACAUCCAGUCUCUUCCAAGAAAUGCUGCUCUUCGUAAGCUAAAUGACCUUAUCAAGAGAGCCAGAUUAGCCAAGGUUCAUGCUUACAUAAUUGGCGCCUUAAAGAAAGAGAUGCCUAAUGUAUUUGGAAAAGAAAAUAAAAAGAAAGAGCUGAUCAACAACCUGCACGAGAUUUACAUGAAAAUUGAGAAAGAGCACCAGAUUUCUCCUGGAGACUUCCCCAACAUCAAGAAAAUGCAGGAAAUUUUGAUGACCCAGGAUUUUGCCAAGUUCCAGGCUGUAAAGCCCAAAUUGCUGGACACCGUAGAUGAUAUGUUGGCCAGUGACAUUGCCAAGCUGAUGGUCAUGGUGCGACAGGAGGAGUCUCAGAUGACAAAUCAAGUGGUGAAGGGUGGUGCCUUUGAAGGAACUAUGAAUGGGCCUUUUGGACAUGGCUAUGGAGAAGGAGCUGGAGAGGGAAUCGAUGAUUUUGAGUGGGUAGUUGGUAAAGACAAACCGACAUAUGAUGAGAUAUUCUUCACUCUUUCACCUGUCAAUGGAAAAAUUACAGGGGCAAGUGCCAAGAAGGAGAUGGUGAAGUCCAAGCUUCCCAACACAGUGCUGGGCAAGAUCUGGAAACUGGCUGAUGUAGACAGAGAUGGCCUUCUUGAUGAUGAGGAGUUCGCACUCGCUAAUCACCUUAUUAAAAUAAAAUUGGAAGGGCACGAGCUACCCGCUGACCUGCCUUCUCACCUAAUACCACCAUCCAAACGAAGAGGGGAAUAAAGUCUGUCAUGCAAUCUU